AAGCGUUUUGGAUUUCCGUUUCCACAGCUCAAACAGAAAUCAACGUCCAGCAAAAGAGAAAUCUCGAGGUUCUAAACAAGUAAUCAGUUCGAUUAUUCGGGUUCGUGGAUCGUUGUUGUGCCGGAAACUAAGUCACUGGGAUCUGUGGAUUGUUUGGAGAGAUCGUUCUGCUAAUCGAGAAAUCUGCUUUGUUUUGUAUUUCUUAGCUUCAUUGUUUGGCUUUGUCAACUGUUCAUAAACACAAUCUAAGGCUAGUUGGACUAUUAGCAAUGGAACCUGUGUACAUGAGCAUUCCACCCUAUCCGCAUCAGAAUGGUCAAGUGUAUUACAGGCCAAGCUGUUACCCUGGAAUGGAAGCUCGGCCGCCGGUGAGCUACGAGAGCUGGCCUUGGGGAGGCAACUAUGGCUAUGCUCCCCCGGGGACGUGCCACAACUGCUGUAACCAUGCUUAUAUGCCGGCCCUUUGUGCUUGGGGUUCUCCGUAUUCUCAUGUUCCUCCACAUCAUUUCCCCGGGCAUUAUCCAUAUAGUCCGGUUCACUACAUGCCUCCUCCAUCUCACACUGUGAUGCCCCAUCCGAGAUAUGAAUAUGAAAAGAGCGUACCUAUGGAGCAUCAUUGCUGUGGGUGUCGCAAUCAUCCACCACAUCAGAAGGAACAGAGGAACGUGACGAUUGAAGAGCAAGAGCCUGAAAGGGAACCAAGGAAAAAUGAUUCUCUGGUUCCCUUACAAUUCAAGAAUUCGCCUUACCCAAUUGUGUGGCUUCCACCUGAUCACAAUGACGGUGGGAAGGUGAAGAACACAGAGGUCAAGAAAGAUACUUCUCUAGAUGUGAAGGAGCAUGAGAAUAGGGAACCUGGGGAACAGUUGCGGAAUUUCUCGAAUGGAUGGCUCCCUCUCAAUUCAAACAAUGUGGUAUCUUCGAAGGAACAUGGAGAUGGGCGGGAGACUUCUCGCCAAGAUGAUGGAGAGCGAAAGUUCCAAUUUCCGUUCUUCUGGAUACCUUAUAAGCCAUAUGAUAAAGAACCAGAGAAUCAGAAGUUGAAGGAUAACGAUGCAAAACCGAGUUUGGAACCAGAGAAGGGUUCUGGUGGUGAUCAGAACUUCCAAGUCGAUGGAGGAAAUAUCGGCGUCCCUUGUGCUUCAAGGGUGAAAGACAUUCCAGUGAAGGAUGUUGAACAACAUGUCCGACAAGAGAGUUCCAAAAACAUGGAAAAAGAAGGGGACACCUCUGUUAAAACUACACCUGGCAAUGGUGAGAAGAGAGUUGAUGAGGUUAAAAAGGUAUCCCCUACAGACGGUUCGAAGAAGAAGUCCCCAUCUCCACCAAAAUCAUCCAAGCUACCACCUGUCUGCCUGAGAGUUGAUCCAUUGCCAAGGAAAAAGUCUGCAAAUGCAAAAUCACGUUCUCCAAGUCCUCCUGGUGACAAAGAAAAGCUGGAGGUGAAGUCCAAUGAAGAAGUUAAAGUUCGUCCUUCAGAGAAAGUUGAGGAAAGCACGGACAAGAAAACUAUUGCAGUUGUUGAUGGGAAUACUUUGCUAGAGAAAUCUACGAAGGUAACAACUGUUGAAACACCUGUUCAGCCACUUGCUAAAUCUCAGGGUGAUGUUUCAAUGAAGCAAGCAGAGGAAAAACCAGAAGAGGAAACAGAUCAGAACCAUAGUGAAACUCAUGCAGCUAUAAAAGAGCAAUCAGAGGAUAUUGUAUCCACCGGAGGGGAGAAAGAAGAAUCUUUCAGGGAUGAGGAAGCAGGUGCCGGAAAGAAAUGCAGUAAAAGAGAACUGUCAGAGGAGGAAGCAGCUGUCAUUAUUCAAUCAGCAUAUCGCCGCUUUGAUGUCGGAAGGUGGAAACCUAUAGAGAAGUUGAGACAAAUAGCCAGAGUGCGAGAGGAGAUUGCUGAUGUGAAGAGUCUCAUUCAAAAAAUGGAGUUAACUGCUGAUAUCCAGAGCCGUUCAAAGCAGAAGAAUAUUAUUUCAGAAACAAUAAUGAGCCUUCUGCUAAGAUUGGACACAAUUCAGGGACUGCAUCCAAUCAUCAGGGAAGUCAGAAAAUCUGUGGUGAAAGAACUUGUGAAUCUUCAGGAGCAGCUAGAUACAAUAAUAUGCGAAAAACCUGAAGAUUCACAGGGACAGGAGUCUGUGGUGAAGCAUGAUCAGGAAGAUUUAUUGAGCAAAAGUAUAGAUGUCGUGUCAUCUGAGGACAGCAAUGAAAUCAAUAUAGUAGAUUCACAGAACCAGAUUGAAGGGGGAUCUGGCCCAGAGAGCGCAGAAUUUCCAGAGGUGAAUCCAGUUAAUGAAGCAACAAAUGUAAUAACAGGGGCAGAGGCUGCAGAGAGCUGUGUUGAUGAAGCUUUUAAGUCAGAGAAAGACCUGACAACAAAAGAUGGAGAUGUAAAAAGCGCAAAUCCGAUUGAUGAAGCAGCAAGUGUCGAAAGAGGGGUAGAAGCUGCAGAAAGCCCUGUGGACGAAGGUGUUAAAGUGGCACAAGGCUCAGCAACAAAAGAUGAAGAGGAAAACAGCAAUGAAGUGCAUGAGAAUGAAGAAACAUCAAUUGCUAAGGAGGAUUGCGAGCCUAUCAUUCUUGGGCAGGGUUGUGAACUCUCACCUCUGCUGGACGACUCCUCAGCCAGGGAGACAGAUGUGGCACAAACUGAGGAUCAGGACACAUUCCAAAGUGAAAUGGCAGAGCUGCCCCUAGGGGUGGUUGAUGACCUGUGCGCUGCAGAAGGCAUGAACCAUUCAGCAGAUUCAAGCAAAACUGAACUGUCCCGGCAGCUAGAGGAGGAACUCCAUUCAGCAGAUUUAGGCAAAGCUGAUCAGCACCAGCCGCUAGAAGAAGGCAUGAACCAUUCAGUAGAUUCAAGCAAAGCUGAACUGUCCCGGCAGCUAGGGGAGGUGCCCCAUUCAGCGGAUUCAAGCAAAUCUGAUCAGCACCUGCAGCAAGAAGAAGGCACAAACCAUUCAGCAGAUUCAAGCAAAGCUGAAUUGUCCCAGCAGCUAGAGGAGGUGCCCCAUUCAGCAGAUUCAAGCAAAGCUGAUCAGCACCUGCAGCUAGAAGAGGCACUCACAGGGUCACAUACUGUUGAGGAAUCACAUAGUGAAAUUGUUAAUGAAGAGAAUCACCAGACUGAAACUGAGGAGGAAGCGAAUCACAAAAUGGAAGAUGCAACAUCAGAAUCUAAUGAGUGCACAUUCCAACAACCAGUUGCUCAAAAGCUUGAGUUUGCUGAAGCUUCUGGUGAAAGAGAAGUUACGAGCAUUGAAGAGCCACAAGAAAACUCGGAGAUGGGUGAUUCAACAUUGGAUGAGAUGACCGGCCAGCUAGUCCAGGAAGUUAAUAUGGAGGAAAGAGGUUUCACGAAUGAGGAUGAAGUGAGCAUGGCCGGAGUAGAAAGCACAACUGCAGCCAAAUCUUGUGAUGGAACAGCUGAUGUCGAACAAGGUGCUGCUGAUGCCAAUCACUCUAGAGGCGUUUCGGAAAUGGGAGUAUUAAGCAAAGAAGGUGAACAAUGCCACCCUCCACCAAAAGAUGCAGCUGAAGAUGAGAAUAGCGCAGUUGGAGAUGACAUGAGAGAGAGCAGUAGAAAACUGAUGGAGGAGAAGGAGCGGUUGCAAGAGAUGGUGGCAAAACUGAUUGAGACAGGGCAAGAACAGCUGAUGGCCAUCUCAAGUCUUUCUGGAAGAGUAAAGGAGUUGGAGAAGAAACUAAACAAGAAAAAGGUCAGGGUGAAAAAGGCUAGAAGUCCAAGAUCAUCAUCGGGCAUUACUAAAUUUGAUACCUCUGGGCCAGUAGGGGUGGCUGUGUAGUAGAAGGGUGUCUGGCUUUGCCAAGAUUGUGUGUACUGUGUGUUGUUUCUUGUGCAAUAAAAUGUGUAUCGUUUGUAUGAA